AUGGCCACAGGAGAACACACCCCUGAUGACCCUCUGCUCAGAGGCAAAAAGCAAGAUCUCUAAGAGAUGCUGAGAGAAGUGGGCCUGGAUGUUGAGUAUUGGUUACCCAAGCUGCAGGAACACCUGGAUGCGACCUGUGUCCAGACCUUACAACACCUAGAAAAAAACAACCUCCAGAAGCUGAAAUCCCAGACACAACAUCCAUGGGAGAAAAGAGCCUUGGAGAAGCUGCUUACCCUGUCACACCCAAAAAGUCUUUCAGCAUUACAGGAGUCUCAGGUGGAGAGGGCAAAGAGAAAGCAGAAGCAGGCAGAAUAGGCACUGCAGGAGCUGAGGGACUUGCUGACAGAAGGGAAGCAGAGACAGGAAGAGGCAGUGAGGACAAGAGAAGCAGAGCUGAGACAAGCGAUGGACAUCCCUGAAGAGUACUGGCCAUCCCCUGAAGAGCCUCUAAGGGAAGUCAUGGAAAACCUGCAGAGACAACUCAACCUCAUAGAGUGGACACUGUGCCACAGGCAAAAUCUCCCAGAUAGAGAUGUGGUGAGAUGGGCAUCUGGAGGGCUGGCCCUCCAGGGAAUUUACAAAGCCAACCACCAAAGGGGCCUGACAAAGAAGAGAGAGGAGUUGCUCAGUGUCCCCAAAGAGUUUUUACUUUCGGAUCCUCAGCAAGGAACACAAAUGAAAACAAAGGAAUUCACAUCUCCUCAGGCUGAAUUCAUGUUUACCCAGACGGUAGAGAAGCUGGGCUUUAGUUUAACUACUUCAGCCAAGGACAGAAGUUGGGGGUUUAGUCUAGAAGCUGGUUUGGAUCACAGCAAACAUUCAGAAUCCAAGGAAACCCAACAAUCAAGUUCUAAGCAUUCUUAUUUCUGCUCAGCCAAGUUCAGCUACAUCCCCCUGGCCUCCUGCCACUUUCCCACUGAUCAGCUGCAGUUAUCCAAGCCUGCUCUCCAGGAAUUGAAAUGUAUUGAAGACCUUCUGAGUCAGACAGCAAACCCAGACAGAUUCUCCUUGCUGAGGCACAGGAUUGUAAACUUCUUCCACAGGUUUGGCUCUCAUGUUAACCAAGGCCCUCUGCACCUGGGAGGAAUCUACUGGUGGAAGGCCAUUUCAGAGGGUUAUUGCAGAGAGCAGUUGGCAGAAGUGACGCAGUAGUCUGCAGAGGCCCUGGACAUUUUCAUAAGGGACAGCUACAGUGGCUUUGGAGUGAAAGUUGCUGCAGAUGUGAAUGUUUCAGACUCUCAUUCGAAAACAGCCACUCAGACCAAAACUUCCCAAAAUCUCCAAACCGAGGUCCAACUAUCUGUGGCCUAAACAGGUGGCCCACCAGAAGCAGAUGUCCUUGUCCAGUGGAAAGCUGGCCUCGUGGCCAGCAAUCAAACCUGGUGUGUCAUUGACCACGGGCUUCAAUUGGUGCCAAUUCGGGACAUUAUCCUCUCCAGCCACAGAAGCAAUUUUAAGGAUCCUCUUCAAGUGGCUAACUUCCUGAAAGACAGCUACACUGCUCUGACUAGCAUCACCCAGAUCCAGGAAGGGGAAGAGUUACUGAGUGCUGGGAAGGAGGCCAGGGUUUUUCUAGAGGAUGUAAAAUCUUGGGAGGUAUCUGAUCCUGAAGAGCAACUUAUAAAACUGAUAAAUUUCAUGAAAAUGUUGAGUCAAUAACUAAAAAGUUAUGACACUUGGAUCAAUAUAUGUCUCACAGAUUGGGAUCUGCAGAAUUUUCUAGUAAACACCGUCAACUUUUGCAAAAACUCUUCCAUUUAUAAAACUAAACAUAUUAAAUCUCAUUUGCGCAGCCUUCUGGAUCCUCACAUCUACAGAGUGACAAACUUUCCUCAGGCUCACUUCAUCAUGCAGUGGAUCUUCCAGUCAGAUUCAGAGCAAGAGCAGGUGAAUGUUUCCCAGUUUUCUCAAUUAAUUGAGAUCUUAAAAGAAACCCAGAAUGAACUCAUGGAAGUAAAUGUCAAAUCGGAGUCCCCAGAAACAGUGGAGGAAGCUCAAAUAAAGUCCAUUUAUGAGGUCAGCUUGGCUCUCAGCUACUUCUUGAAUUAUCUCCAAAAAGCAGAGCUGACAGAACAACUCUUGCUACUUUCCAUUGCAGCUGCUGCAGGAUAUCGUGUGGUAAACAAUACUUUUCAGAGUCUCUUGGGGUGUGAUGAGUUAAGCUUCCUACUAGAUGAAAUGCAAACUGCCCAAAAUAAAUACCAGGAGCUUAAGAAUAUUUGCAGCUACAGGGCUCAGGCAUUCCUAGUUCUCACAGGUCUGACAGCCACAGUUGGAGACACAGCUAUUUUUUCAGAAGAGAAAACACAACGCAUGUCAUUAAUGAGACAUCACAUGGGACAAUCAUGGUCCAAAGAAGUUGCACAUGUCCUCACCAAACCUGGAGCAGAUCACGAUUGGGAAAUAGAGAAAGAAUUGAGAUUGCUCAUUAAUGGGGAUUAUGAAGAAGAAGUCACCAUCUCUUCUUUGCAAAUGGAAGAGGUGAGCAAACAAAGUCUCUUCUAUGGAAAGAAACAGCCUCAUGAACCACAUGACAAUGAAAAUAGCAAAUGGGAGAUGAUAAAAAAUGGAGCCUUCCUAGACUUACUCCAGCGUCUAGGUCUAGAACAGUACUACCCCAAAAAAUUGAGCAAAGCUAAUUUCCAUCUAGUCUAUAAGACUUCUGUGUACAACACCCAGCCCAGCUCUGAACAGGAGCUUCCCUUCUAUUUCCUGCAGAAACUACUGAUGAUGAAUUAUGAGCUGAGAUACCUAGUCUUCAAAGAUGGUAGAAACACAGAACACCAAGUACAUCCAAAUGCCUCAGAUCAGGAAGAUGAAGCUUUUGAUCCAUAUGAAAACAUUUUUGAAGACAGUGAUAGUCCCACUAAAUCUUCAUCCACUAAGCCUAGCCCCCAUAUUCACCCAAUGGAUAUUCAGAUGACAAUUUUUCACUGUGCAGAUGAUUUUGCCAGACAAUAUAUUUUGGCCAAACUUUCCACUUGUCAGCUUUCCCUCCCCCUUUUGGUGCCUUAUCCCUGUACUUCUCAGAUUGAAUUCUCUCUCUGGUCUCUCUGUCAAAUUACAAGAAGUUGGCGAGAAGCAAGGAAAUCACCAAAAGGGAAGAACCAUUAUAAGAAUCAGCAGAUGUGUUGUGUCUCUACCUCAAUUAUGUCCUUCAUAAGAGUUGGAAAUAGCCUCUCUGCUUCCAAAUCUCAGAUUAUGAACUGUCUUCUCAGUAAACGGAAACAUGACGUGUUUUUUCACUGACACUGCAGAGGAAGCAGGAAAGAUUGCCUCUUGAUGGGGGAUGUGGUAGAAAUCUACUGGUUCUGUCCAGGAGGGGAAGAUGAGGACAGAUUUGACAAUGAUGUGACCUUCACCAAUCUUCAUGGAGAUGCAAAGGAACAUGAGCAGCAGCUCAACUUCCUGAAGGAGGUGUCUACAGUCAUUGUGGUCCUCAUGUCAGCCACUGACGACAAUGAAGGAAACCGAAAAAUUGUCCAUAACGUGUGGCAGGCAUCGAGGCCAUUGAUCUGCUUGCUCGAUGACAAAGAAGCAACCAUGACCAGUAAUUCUGGCCAAAGAAUGAGAAUGGGUAUCAAGGAUAGGAAUGAGGCAGAAUUAAUGGAGGAACUCACAGCUACAGUCAGACAUUUGGAAAGCAAAUUUUGAAAAUAAGCUAAUAGCCCUUAAAAAAAAACUUAUUUCAGAUAGCAAAAGACAAGCCAAUGAACUCAUUCGUUUUAAAAACAAAAGUCAAGAAAGACUGAAUAAGAUAAACACAGAUUUUGAAAAAGAAGUAUUGGAAAGGAGCUGAAAGUUUGCUUUAACUGUAAAGGGUAAAGAA